AGAGGAGCAGGAGGGACUGAAUCUUACAUUACAGGAAACAGCACUGAUUUCAAGACUGAGAAUCUGACUGAUGUAACACAGAGACACAUCUCAACUUUGACCUUUAAUCCUUCAGCUGAACAGCACAACACUCGUGUCACUUGCAAUAUCAACUUCACAGGUGGAAAAAGUAAACAGAAGACUUUCACUGUAAAUGUGAACCAUAAGAAAGAAAUUACAAUCAGUGGUGUUACAACUGUGAAGAAGGGAGAUGUUCUGAAUCUGACCUGCAGUGUUGAAAGUUUCCCUCCAUCUCUGAUUGUGUGGUCUAAACUUAGUUCUAACACAAAGCUGCACAAUGACACUGGAUCAGCUACACUUGUCGUCCAUAAUGUGACAUCAGAACAUUCUGGGCAGUACAUCUGUACAGUAAAACAUCUGGACACAACUCUGACUUCAUAUGUUGAUGUAACUGUGACUUGGCAUACAAAGAUACAGAAUGGCUCAGGAUGUGUGCUUCAGUCUGAGGGUUUGACCUGUGUGUGCAUCAGUGAAGGGUUUCCUUUACCUACCAUCAAAUGGCCUCUGUUGAAUCACCACACUGACUACUCUGUCAUUACCACUGUAUUAAAUCACACAGUCAAGAGUACUAUCAGUGUAACUGUAAAAAACCAUGGCAACAGCACUGUUGAAUGUGUCAGCAACAAUGGAAAUGGAGAAGAAAGAGAAAACCUGCUGAUCAAUAACAAGUUGUCUAAAAAAGAUGGUGUUUGCUUUUUGGCAAAAAAGUGCUUCAGGAAAGAAAUGAAGAGUUCCGGACAUUUGAAUGAUACUUUUGUGAUGCUGACACGUCCAGAUGAUCCGCUGAUAUAUGAUGGUCAAGCAUUACAAAACAACCAGACCCUGAACUCAAACAGUGGGACAAACGAAGUGGAAUAUGCCACCAUUGAUUUUUCCCUGUUAAAAACGAAGGCAGCAAGGACGCGAGAAAGCACAAAGACGGAGUACGCUGAAAUCAAGAGGAUAAUAAAAAAAGAACAAGUAGAUGAUGGUGGAGACGACGGUAAAAUGUUGGAGGGGGAGAUGAAACACUGUGAACCAAAAAAGAAGGAAGAGGAAGAUGGCACAGUGUACUCCACUGUGAAUGACAUAAUAGAUGAUAAUUGAGGAAUUCGUUUGUAUAGUUGCUAAGGAUAAAUAUUGAUCUCAUCAGAUGUAAUGGAUGGAUUGAUGGAUAGAUGGAUUUUCAUUUUGUGUUUGAAUGAAAACCUUUUGAAAAAUCUUCUCUAUGUUGUAAACUUCACAAAUAUUAACAAAUCAAAUCUUACAGGGAUGAAAAUGUUACCUCUGAAUAUAGUGCUCUGCAAUAGUUUAAUGACUACAAAUAUUAGAAAAAUGUUAUGGUUAAGCAAUUUUUAGAUAUCUAUACUUCUUUACUAUAAAAUCUUGUCCAAUGACAUUUAGCUGUAGUAGUAAAUAUAGUGGCUUAUCUUUUACUUGACUUUAUUCUUGAUGUAUUUUGCAGAUUUUUAACGGUUUAAGUUUCCAGGUGGCAGAUGGCCAACACUGACCUUGUCUGGUCAAAUAUAUUUGACAGUGUGCAGCCAAAGUGUGCCAAAUUACCUUUGGAGUUUCCUUUUAGUGCUUUCACAAAAUGCCCUUUUACACCAUGUUUUGUGCUUUGUAUUCUCGCUGCAAAAUGUAUGUCUUUUUGCUUAGUAAAUGCAU